UCUCCUUCUUCUUCUUCUUCUUCUUCUUCUUCUUCUUUCUUGUGGUUUUCUAGUAUUUGCGGGUGAGUUCUUGUUCUCUGCCUGCUUGCCUGUACCGUAGUUACUGCUGUUGGGGGCACGCUUACCUAUCGACAGUAGUACAACAACUUCUGCUGCAUGCAGUUAAGUCCAUUAAACGCACUACAGCUUCUCCCUGCUUCUUCAACUUUUGUACCCGUUACGGCGGAAUCGGCGCACGGCUCUCCAACUCCAAUCCCAAUCCCCGGUACGCUAUCCGGACGCGCAUCGCGUUCUUGCCGGACGCCGGUUCUUCUUUCUCUUACUCUUCUGAGAGAGUGUUCUUGCCGUUCUUGGACAACAGCUUCCCGUUGAUUCGGAGACACACAACUCUGCUCUCUCUGAAUCGGCGGCUCGGUGUGGCUUGGCCGAGGGCUGCGGACCAUGAAGCUAGUUUGCAGGACUGAGCAUUUCACAGAAUAAAUGGUUGAGGACAAAAAUCCAUCACAAGAUAUGGUAGACAUAGCUGGACAUGUAGAGCAGGAGGAUCCUUCUUAUGAAAAGGACAUCGUGGAGAUCAAAUUGCCAGACAGUGUUGCUUCUUUUGAUUAUGGUGGUAAUUUUGUCAAAGAUGUCUGCAUUGAUGACGGACAACCUCUUCCUCGGAAGAUUUCAGAAGAUAAAGUAGUAGAUGAAAAGUCAUCUCCAAAUUUUGAUUGUCAAAUGAUACACGCAAAUGGUGCUCCGACGUACAUAGAAAAAGAUUGUGCUGCAAAAUCUUUCCACAAACCGAGACCAGAAGCAGUUCAACCUGUUCAUUUUGCUCCUGAUAGUAACAAUGAGAAACGAUAUUCUUCUUGUGAAAAACAUGAUCCUGAAGGCAGGAGUAAAGCCACUAAUUUUGGUGAUCUCAGUGAGAAGAAAAUAAGUCUGGAAGAAUUACUUAGACUCGAAAGUGCAGAAGAGUCCCUGCAUAAAGGUGCAAUAAGCUCUGAAACCAGUAAAAAUCAUAUGCCAUCUUUCCAUGGAGAAGCAGUCAGGCAGGUUUCCGCAAAUGUGGGUCAUGGAGUCGAAGCUAUUGCAUCCAUAACCUGUAGUAUUGUUAAUGAUAUUGUAUCAAGUAAGAACAACAUUGAUGAUUGCUCAGUAACAACCUCUGAAGAAUGUGAUGCAGCGGCAUCAUUUGAUGCGAGAGGACAGAACCUAAUUGAUCACUAUAAUCCUUUUGUUGGUCAUGGGUUCCUAGAGGAUACAUGUAAACCAGAAUGCUCUACAUCAGCAAUCGCAGAUGCUGCUUCGACUGGACCUAUCUGCACUUCCGAGAAGACUGAUACUAUUAGUGCUGAAGUCAAAAUAACUGAACCUAGGGUUAAUGCUCUGAGUUCUCUAGGUUCAGAGAUCCGAUCGUUUGCGAAGAUCAAUGAUCAGAAUGGAAGUAUUACGGGUGAAACAAUAACCAACAAGAUGCAUGAAACAGAAGCAGCUACAACUUCAUCAGCUGAAAAUGUAGAGCCCAAUGGAGCAAAUGGGGAGAAUAGUGAAAAACAUGAGACUGGCGGUACCGCCGAUAUACAUGGUUCCAGCCAGAUAGAUGAAGGAACUAAUGAUGACGCGGUUAGUAGGAGUCCUGUGCUGGCACAACAUGAUAAUGUCUGCGAACAGAAUGCACCUGAUAGUGCAAAAGCGCCAUCUCGAACUGGAAACGGUUACCCCCUCUUUGAACCGGGUUUUAGUCCUAGUAUUAUGUCUGCUCCAGUGUCAAACUCUGGCCAUCUUGCUUAUUCUGGCAAUAUCUCCAUCCGGUCAGAUAGUAGCACGACCAGCACCCGGUCCUUUGCAUUUCCAGUACUGCAGAAGGACUGGAUCAGCAGCCCGGUUAGGAUGGCGAAAGGAGAGCGGAGGCGCACCAGGCGGCGCCGAGGCUGGAGGAAGGGGCUUCUCUGCUGUAAAUUCUGAGCGCGUUUUCCCUCAAGAGCUUUUAUAUCUGUUCUAUUGCAGGUUAAGUUCAUGGCUUGUGCUCCCUCUGUUCAGAAUUAACUGUCGCUGAAGUGAGUAAAUCUACACACUGAAACGCGUCUUAGAUACACUCAUUUCAGCGACAGGUAAUUCCGAAGGGAGGUAGUAAUAAUUUGUAUCAUGAGAGUGAGGUGAGGAGUGAAAGAGGUAUAUAUAGUUGUAGUGUAGCAAUCGUGCUUGGCCCUAGGUCCUGCAUGAAUUAGUUUUAUUGUUCUUGUUAGUUUGAGCUCAUGGUUGGUUGAUUACCCGUGCUUGAUUCAUAUUUCAGUGUGUUACAAACAGCGAGUGCUUUGAACGGUGUCUCGGGGGUGUUUUGUUACUUC